AUGGAGAUGAACUACUUUAACCGACCGGAAGAUGACGAAGGAGCUGAAGGGUGUGAUGAUGAGGUUGUCAUUAGCGAUACACCUAUUGACGAGGAUGACUUUCUUUCCGGACUAGAUAGACUAGACGAUGCAAAAAACCUCCAGUUUCCGUGA